UCGAACUUCGAUUCUGGCGAAGACGAGGCGCCAUAUAAAAACCGGUUCGCCGCCUUUUCUGCCCGCAUUACCUAAGGUGCGAGCUGUAGUAGAGAUUGUGCUACUUUUUCUUUGUUAAAAGAAUCGCGGAACGAGAGAGUGUUUAAGGAAGAUGCCUGAAGAAAUUCCAGCAACCACGCAGGAUGCGCCGAUGGAGGAAGAAACUGAGACUUUCGCCUUUCAGGCGGAAAUUGCUCAGUUGAUGUCUCUGAUCAUUAAUACAUUUUAUUCCAACAAAGAAAUAUUUCUGAGAGAACUUAUUUCUAAUUCCUCUGAUGCUCUCGAUAAAAUUCGCUAUGAAAGCUUAACUGAUCCAAGCAAGCUGGAUUCUGGCAAAGAAUUGAAGAUUGACAUUGUUCCAAAUCAAAAGGAACACACUUUGACUAUUCGCGAUACUGGUAUUGGAAUGACCAAAGCUGACCUUAUUAACAAUCUAGGUACCAUUGCCAAGUCUGGAACAAAAGCAUUCAUGGAGGCCUUGCAAGCUGGUGCAGACAUAUCAAUGAUUGGACAGUUUGGUGUAGGCUUCUAUUCUGCUUACCUAGUUGCAGAAAAAGUAACAGUCAUCACUAAACACAAUGAUGAUGAUCAGUACGUGUGGGAAUCAUCUGCUGGAGGGUCAUUCACAGUAAGAUUAGAUCAUGGUGAAGAUAUUGGCCGUGGAACCAAAGUAAUCUUGCACUUGAAGGAAGAUCAGAUGGAAUAUAUAGAAGAAAAGAGAAUCAAAGAAAUUGUCAAGAAACACUCCCAGUUCAUUGGCUACCCUAUCACUUUAUUUGUGGAGAAGGAGCGUGAUAAAGAAAUCAGUGAUGAUGAAGGGGAAGAAAAAGAAAAGAAAGAGGAUGAAACUGCAGAAGAAGAAGACAAGCCAAAAAUUGAAGAUGUUGGAUCAGAUGAAGAAGAAGAUGAAAAGAAAGAAGGUGACAAAAAGAAAAAGAAGAAAAUUAAGGAAAAAUAUAUAGAUCAAGAAGAAUUGAACAAGACCAAACCCAUUUGGACAAGAAAUCCUGAAGACAUUAGUAAUGAAGAAUAUGGGGAAUUCUACAAGAGUCUGACAAACGAUUGGGAGGAGCAUUUGGCAGUAAAACACUUUUCUGUUGAAGGCCAGCUGGAGUUUAGAGCAUUGCUUUUUGCUCCAAGACGUGCGCCAUUUGAUCUCUUUGAAAACAGAAAAAAGAAAAACAACAUUAAGUUGUAUGUGCGCAGAGUCUUCAUCAUGGAUAAUUGUGAAGAGCUAAUUCCAGAAUAUCUCAAUUUUAUCAAAGGAGUAGUAGAUUCAGAAGAUCUGCCCCUUAAUAUUUCCCGAGAGAUGUUGCAGCAGAGCAAGAUUCUGAAAGUAAUUCGUAAAAACCUGGUCAAGAAAUGCUUGGAGCUCUUCACGGAAUUGUCAGAGGACAAAGAAAACUACAAGAAGCUAUAUGAACAAUUCUCCAAAAACCUCAAGCUUGGAAUCCAUGAGGACUCUCAAAAUCGCAAGAAACUUUCCGAGUUGCUCCGGUAUCACACUUCAGUGAGUGGUGAUGAAAUGGUAUCUCUGAAAGAUUAUGUCUCCCGUAUGAAAGACAACCAGAAACACAUCUAUUAUAUAACUGGUGAAACAAAGGAUCAAGUAGCUAACUCUGCUUUUGUGGAGAGGCUAAGAAAACAUGGAUUGGAGGUGAUUUACAUGACUGAGCCAAUUGACGAAUACUGUGUGCAGCAGCUCAAAGAAUUUGAUGGGAAAACUCUUGUCUCUGUAACAAAGGAAGGUUUGGAGCUUCCAGAAGAUGAAGAGGAGAAAAAGAAGCAGGAAGAAAAGAAGGCAAACUUUGAGAAUCUGUGCAAGAUAAUGAAGGACAUCUUGGAGAAGAAAAUUGAGAAAGUAACUGUUUCCAAUCGCUUAGUUGCCUCUCCAUGUUGCAUUGUGACCAGUACUUACGGAUGGACUGCCAACAUGGAACGAAUCAUGAAGGCUCAGGCACUUCGUGAUAACUCUACAAUGGGUUACAUGGCAGCUAAGAAACACUUGGAAAUAAAUCCUGAUCAUCCAAUUGUUGAAACACUACGGCAGAAAGCAGAAGCUGACAAAAAUGACAAGUCAGUAAAGGACCUGGUCAUUCUUCUUUUUGAGACUGCCCUGCUGUCCUCUGGCUUUUCAUUAGAAGAUCCACAGACUCAUGCUAAUCGCAUCUACAGGAUGAUUAAGCUUGGUCUUGGUAUUGAUGAGGAAGAUCCUGUCAUGGAGGAUGCAGGUCCAACAAAUACAGAAGAGAUGCCUCCACUGGAAGGGGAUGAUGAUGAUACAUCACGAAUGGAAGAAGUUGACUGAACAAAAUACAGGCAGCACUGAGAUAUAUUUCAUUCGUCCUUAAGAGCUGUUGCAGUCACUGUUUAAAACUAUAAUGGACCACUGUAACAGUAUCACACUUCUGUGAAGCAUAGUUGAUGCUGCAUUUUUCUGUAAUAUUCAGUACUAGUAAACAAGUGACAAUUGAGCAUAUGUUGAAAAAUAAACAUUUAGUUUAAAUUCC